AGCCGCUCCCGCCCUUUCCGCCGGCGGCGCGCGCGUGACGGCGCCUCCCAAGAUGGCGGACAACCUGCCCACAGAGUUCGAUGUGGUGGUGGUGGGCACCGGUUUGCCUGAGUCCAUUAUUGCAGCAGCAUGUGCCAGAAGUGGCCAGAGAGUUCUUCAUGUGGAUUCGAGAAAUUACUAUGGUGGAAACUGGGCCAGCUUUAGCUUUUCAGGAUUAUUGUCCUGGAUUAAAGAAAAUCAGCAAAAGACAGAUCUCAGUGAUGAAUGUGAGGAAUGGAGAAAACUGAUCCUUGAGGAUGAAGAAGCAAUUCCUCUUAGCAGCAAGGAUAAAACUAUUCAACAUGUAGAAGAUUUCUGUUUUGGCGAUCAGGAUUCAGCUGAAGGUGUUGAAGAAGCUGGAGCACUGCCAAAGCUGCCUGUGUUUGGAGCCCCUGCUGCCCAGGGGGUUUCUCCAGGGCCGGAGAAGGCGAGCCCAGCAGCGGAGGGGAUUCCUCUGGGAUCAGAGGAGAGCCCAGCAGCAGAGGGGAGUCCUCCAGGGUUGGAGAAAGAGAAUCCAGCAGUGGAGAGCCCUGGAGAGGAGCCACAGAGCCCAGAGGCAGAGCAGCCCCCGAGCUGUGAAGGGGACGGGGCAGGAGCUGCUCCCGGCACGGCUGCAGGCGACCCCGCUCCGCAACCGGCCCAGGCAGAAGCUGCACCCUCUGAAAAUGCUGCCCAAGAACCAAAGAAAAUCUCCUAUUCCCAAAUUGUUAGAGAAGGCAGAAGGUUUAAUAUUGAUUUAGUUUCUAAGUUGCUUUACUCCCGGGGGCUGUUAAUUGAGCUCCUCAUUAAGUCCAACGUGAGCAGAUACGCCGAGUUCAAAAACGCCACGCGAGUUCUCGCCUUCCGAGAAGGGAAGGUAGAACAGGUGCCUUGUUCUAGAGCAGAUGUGUUCAACAGCAGGCAGCUCACCAUGGUGGAGAAGAGAAUGCUUAUGAAAUUUCUGACAUUUUGUUUGGACUAUGAACAGCACCCCGAGGAGUACCAAGCCUACGAGAGCAGCACGUUUGCUCAGUUCCUCCAGACACGGAAGCUGACCCCCAGCUUGCAGCACUUCAUCCUUCACUCCAUUGCAAUGGUGUCAGAGACUGAGAGCAGCACUCUGGAAGGUCUUCAGGCAACAAAAAAAUUCCUGCAGUGCCUUGGCCGCUAUGGCAACACCCCGUUUUUGUUCCCUCUGUAUGGGCAAGGAGAGAUCCCACAGUGCUUCUGCAGGCUGUGUGCUGUGUUUGGGGGGAUCUACUGCCUCCGUCACGCCGUGCGCUGCCUGGUGCUGGACAGAGCCUCGGGACGGUGCAAAGCUAUUGUGGAUCACUUUGGACAAAGAAUAAGUGCCAACUAUUUUAUUGUGGAAGACAGUUACCUCUCAGAGAGCACAUGCACAAAUGUGUGUUACAGGCAGAUCUCCAGGGCAGUGCUCAUUACAGAUCAGUCUGUAUUGAACACAGACUCAGAGCAGCAGGUUUCUGUUCUGACGGUGCCUCCCCUGGAGCCGGGCAGGGCAGCAGUUUGUGCCAUCGAGCUCUGCUCCUCCACCAUGACGUGCAUGAAGGACACCUAUUUAGUCCAUCUAACCUGUCCCUCAACUAAAACUGCAAGAGAAGAUUUAGAGCCUGUUGUACAGAAGUUAUUCAAUCUAAAUACAGAAAAAGAGACUGAAAAUGAAGAACUGGAGAAACCCAGAGUCCUCUGGGCAGUUUACUUCAACAUGAGAGAUUCCUCAGGAGUUGAGAAGAGUUCCUAUGCUGGCUUACCCUCCAAUGUCUAUGUCUGCUCUGGGCCAGACUCUGCUUUAGGAAAUGACUGUGCUGUCAAACAGGCUGAGACUAUUUUCCGAGAAAUGUUUCCAACGGAGGAAUUUUGCCCCCCACCACCGAAUCCAGAAGAUAUUAUUUAUGAUGAAGAUGAGAUUGAGCCAGAAGAGUCUGGAUUGAAUAAUUCACCAGAGACAAAGCCUGAAACCUCAGCUGAGGAGAGCAGUAGUGAAGGACUGCAGGUGGUUACUGCUCCUUUGGAGGCAUUUUCAGCCAUGAAGCUGCUUCGUCUGCUUUUUCUGGUGAUGAUGAUGCUUAGGGCCAUUUGACAGGUAAUCAUUAGAACUUGGAUCCUUGCAGACUAUGGGGUCUUUUUUCCCAUCAUUGCAGGGGGAUUUAUGUGGGCAACUCCUAUUAAUGUUAAUGGGACUUGCAUGUGUAAAUCCUCCUUGCAUCAAUGGGAAAAUUGACCCCUGAAACAAAAUAUCUGCCUGUUAGACUUGCUGAUUCAGAAACAUCCAGGCACUGCCAGCUCCUGUGUGGAAAUGUGCUGGGAUGUGUUUCACGGGAAUGCUCUGGGGGAAUAUUCUGGAUUUUCUGUUACAUUGUAUUUUAUAUUUUCCAUAGACUGAAUCUUGUCAGAGUUAGCCCAGUGAUUCUCUUUGUGUAGCUGGGAAAUGCAAUUUCCCAUUCAGUACAGCUUGCACAGCUCCUUGGAUUUGAUCUCAUUUUAUUUUGGUCCCCUCUCUCUCCCCUCUAAAUCUUUUUGCUUCAGCAGUGUGUUGCAACAGCUUAAUUUCAAGAAUAAUUUGCUAGUGAUGUAUUGAUUAAUGACAAGUCAGAAGUAUUAAUGUACUGUUUUCACACAAUAAGAGACUGGUCACUUACAAUCCAUAAUCUCCUCUAGAGAAAGGAUAAAAUUAAUUUCCUCAACACUCAUAUAUGUGCUUCAAUACCUUGGCAGUACAAAUGAGAAUGUAUUUUAUCUGUGGAUAAGUUUAUUCAUCCUGUAUUGUGUAUGGUGCCAUUCACACAGUUAUUUAUAUAGAUAUUUUAUAUAAUCUCUGCAGUGCAUUUUUGGAUUUUGCUUAUCUGGUGAUUUUAUAUCAGUAGCAAGUCAUCCUUUGGAUGUAAAAAGUCUGGUGUGGAACUCCAGCUACCCUAAACUGCUCCAGAGAUCUCUCCUGGCUUUCCUGCCUCAGUGAGUGCUCUCUUCAGCCAUUAAUUAGCAAUAAGCUCUGCAGAUCCUGGUGGGUUGUCUUCUGUUCAUGUUCCUUUUUAAUUUUUUCUGAGGCUUUUGUGCCUGCCAUUAAUGCAGUUGCUGAUUUGCCAGCAAGGGGAGCAAUUUGCUGAGAUCACAUCAUGAAACAGUUGAUCUGUGUGUGUGUCUACAGUUCCUAACAAUUCUUCUCCUAUGGGGGUAUAUAUAUAUGAGUAUUAUAUGACAAAAUAAUUCAUUCAUGAAAGCUUAUCACUUAAACCUUUGCAGAAACCAACCACUACAGAAAAUCCAAAAGUUUGAAUUACCUGUGUUGCCAGAAUUGUCAAAAAUAUGUGGGAGAGUUGUGGUGGCAAGGCAAUUGCUGCGUUCCUUGGGUAAGCAAUAAUGCCAAGCACCUGUGGUAAGAUGGAGAAGUGACACUGGAAGUUCCAGACACUGAUAAAAAACAUUCAUUUAUUGCAAUCCAAUUUAAUAGUAAGCUUGCUGCAAUGAUCAGAUAGAAAUCUUAGCUCAAGUGUAUGAUUUCAAGAACUUUAUUGGGAUCCGAAGUUGCCAUAGAAGGAUUAUUUGAGCUGCAGAGGUGAAUGGUAGGAAAUGGUCUGCCAUGUGAAAUUCACGUUUUCAGCCUCAUCUCCAGCAACAAAACAACUCGUGGUGGAAAUAGAACUUAUUAGCAAUUCCACCAUUAUGUUUAUUUACAGGCUGCCAGUUCCUGUUUGUAAGAGUGAAUGUUUCUUCAAAAUCUGACUGGGGAGCCCAGCAGGAAUGUUGUAAAUCCCACUGACAUCCAAGAUUUAGAAAGUUGACAGCGAAGUAUCAGGAAGAUGCAGUUGUUGACUGCAUGGGAGUUCUGAUCAGAGGGGACUUUAAUAGAAAAUACUCCUGCUGUCACAAUUCCAACAGACAAUUUAUUUUACACUAUUUGCAAAAGAGAUGGAAAGUAUCAACCUGAGUGUAUAUCAGACCCAGAUGGAUUUGACUAAGCAAUUCAGGGAGUUCAGAACACUCACAUUUUUAGGUGGAGAUUUUCAGGAUCUCGUACUUCCUUCUGAAGUGCCAGCCCAUAAUUCUUUGUAUAUUUGGGCUCUGGAGAAGGCCUUAGUGCUGUUCCUACAUUCUGUAAGUGAGGCAGGCCAUGCCUGUGGAGCUCCUGAAUCAGCCCAGGCUUCUCUGCUGGUGUGACAGCAGCUGGUGCCAAACAAAUGCACCUUUGGCUUUGAGAGAGCUUUUGUGCUGCUCCAGCUUCUGGAAGCUUCUCUCAUGAGCUCUGUCUCACUCUUUUGGGGUGAGCAUGAAGCUGCUCUGGAAAUGCUCUGUGGGGAGAGGUUGUUGGAGAGCUGAGGUCAGUAAUGAUAAAACAUCUGGGUAAUGCUGCACCAGACUGCAGCUCACCCCUGCCUCAAAACCAGGUCACAAACACCAAACCAGUGUGGGUAAUUGUACCUGAGCUGGUUGUCUAGAGUCAGAAACAAGUUUUUAAUCACUGGAAAUUUGAGUCUGAGAAAGGAUACAAGAGUCUUCUCUGAAAAACCAACAUUUUUAUAAUCCCAGAUCCAAACCCUCCUGGGCUGUUUUAAGACACUGUGUGCAUAAGGAACUCAGUAACAGCUAAUGUGGAAUUCUGCAUCUAUUCUGCCUCAAACCCAGCAUAUUUCUGGAGCUCACCCAAGGGAAAGCCAUUUAAUCAUGAUGAGAGACCAGCUGUCAGCCCAAUGCUACCAAACAGCUCCCUGCUCUGGGAACUUUCCCUAGCGUGAAAGUCACUGCAAGUCAUGGUGGAUUCCUUUGUUGUGAAUAAAUUACCCAGUGAAUUCAGCCUUUCCCUUGUGCAAAAAUCUGUGUAUGCCCCAGCUAAGUACCUUCGGUGGAUUGUUUUUAGAUUGCAGAUUAUCGAGGGAGAAUCCACUAUGGGAUUCCUACAGCAAUUUAUUUGCUUAAAUCAUGGGGUAUUUUCUUGCUAAAUGUUUGGAUGCUGAAAUAAUACAUAAUCAUUAAUACACCAUUUCAAAAAUGACAUCAUUUUUAAGAAAGAAAAAAAUGUCUUUAUGAAAAAUUUUAAAAAGUCUAAUUUUAAGGAAGCCACUGUAAAAUGAAAAAAAAGAAAAAAAAGCCACUCUUAUUUUGGUGAUGUUUGUACAUGAUGUAUUUUCUUUCCAUGGAAGUUUUAAGCCAAGAAACAUUUGGUUCCUUGCCAGUCUGAUUCCAGAGUGAAAAUAUGAGCAUGGUAAGAGCCAGCAGCCCUCUCAGUUGUGAGGAUAUUCCUGUCUGCUGAGGGAGCACUUGGCAUGCACAGGUCUGAAAACACACAAGUGUCAUGAGGGGUGACGGAGCAGGACUCACAUGAGGAAUAACACCACCAGUGGGUUCUGGAUCCACUUGGGACUCUAAAAAAAUGGAUUUUUUUUUUUUGGCUCUGGCACUGCUUUCCUCACUGAAUGUGGUUGAGUCAUUUCCCUCUAAUGCUGUAGUAAAAAGGUGUAAAACAGUGACAGGUAUUUCCUGAAGCCUUUUAGGAGGUCAGUGAAAUACAAAACUAAAUGUAUUUGGGAAAGAAAAAGAACAGUGGAAUGAUAACUGUGAAAAUGGAUAGCGGGAUUAUUUGAGUAGAGGAGCAGAUGAUCUGAGGAAAAAAUCCAGUGUACCUCCUGUAACGUGCCUGGGAUAGCAGAUGUUUUGUUAUUCAAGUCCCUCCUUCCAACCCUGACAUUUCCCAUGUUUCUCAAGUGAGCUUUCACCAAUCAGCACAAACUCUUUAUUUACUGCUUAAUAAAAAUAACCAAAUUAUCCUUAUUUUAUGAAAUCUUUUUCUGAUUAUGCAUAUUUUGCUGGCAGAUUGUAAUGCAUAUUGCUUCAUUGUUUAAUUAGGACUUAAUGCUAAUGUCAUCAACAUUCUAUUCGAUAAUUCAGUAGGUUGCCUAUUUAUAGACAUCAUGAAAGUCAUAACUUUUUGUAGUGAAGUGCUUCUGACUGUGCUAUUGAAUUAAAAAUAAACUUACUCUAACCUGA